GGAUAGGUAAAGGAGAGUCUCUGGAGAGGCUGUGGGCGUCCCUGUUGGGCGGUUUCAUUGUGUGAGGAUCUGCCCUCCGUGCGGUUCAUUCAUAUGGUUUGCCGGUGCGUGGGGCUUUGGUUGGGAUCCAUGUGGCCACCCCCUGGAGAAGGCGUGUAGUUGCUCGAUGCAACCGCUGGGUUUGUAACUUGACACCUGGUCGUGCGUUUGCCAUCGCUUUACCCACAGAAAGCCUAUUUAAAAAGGAAAGGGAUGAGUCCAACGCUCCUGACUCCGUAACCCCCCUCCAAAAGAACCCAGCUUUCUCUCCGGCUGCGCGUCCCUCAAUCUGGAUCGGCAUAAAUGAAUGAAACACAGGGGAAUAUCGACAUACAAUCGCACAGGAAAACUCUCUGUCAGACCAGCCUGCCAGAAGGAAUUUAUGUCGGGCUUGACAGGCAAAUCAACAUGAGUUUUUUCCUCUGGAACUUCAUCUCAAGCUUGUCAAAUGUGUAAAACGGCGACCGGUGUCUUCUGCCCCCCUCGCAAAGGAGUCACGCUGUGAUUAACCGCCAGGUUUUUGACUGCCAGGACAAAUGAAUACAAAUGAAUUUAGGCACCCGAAGGAGAGAUUGCAGAACCUCUCAUCUAGACACAAAGAGAGCCCUAUUGCUCUGUACAGUUUUAUAUUGUACCUGCUACCUGGGACUUACACAAGUGCACUCUGAAGAUGUGGACAUCCUCCAAAAGUUGGGGCUCAAGGGAGAGAAACCGUCACGCUCGGUGCCAGCAGGGGUCAUUCCAUUCAGAUCGGGGAUCAUCCUCAACCAGCGGGCGCAUAUUGAAACUCCGCUGCGCUCAGUCUUCCCAGCGGCCAUCUGGCCCAACCUGGCACUGGUCCUGAGCGUGCGCUCACACCGUGUCAACAGUGCUUUCCUCUUCACCCUGCUCUCAGGCCGCAAGAAGCUCCUUCUUGGUCUGCAGCUUACGCCUGGCAAUCUGGUCCUUCAUACGGGACCAAACACCUCGGUGGCGUUGCCCUAUGAGCCCCAUGAUGGUCAGUGGCACCAGCUGGCGGUGGGAAUUAAUGGACAGAGAGUGACUCUAUAUGCCUCCUGCGGAGAGCAGAGUGUUCAUGCAGACUUUGUGUGGGACAGUGAGGAGGGACUGGAUCCGGAGCUCCAGGGCUCCUUUCUGCUGGGGCGCACAAGCCAGCAGCAAGCCUCAGCACACUUUGAAGGAGCCAUCUGCCAGUUUGACCUGGUCCCUUCUGCACAGGCAGCUCACAACUACUGCAAGUACAUUAAGAAACAGUGCAGGGAAGCCGACACAUAUAGGCCUAACCUUUCUCCCUUGUUGCCUAUCUUACCCCGAGACACAAACAUCACAGCUACUACUGCUACCCCUAAACGUGGUGGCCCGGAAACAGUCAAGAAGCCCACGCGGCUGAGCCUUGCCAGGAGCGUUGCUGCUGCUGCCUCGGCUGUCAGAUAUGUAGCCCCUACCCAGACAAUAAAGCCCAGCCCUGGGACCAUUCCUACAUCCCUGCUGGGAACUGUGAUGCCAGUCACAGUCCAGCUUGGUUUGGCUACUCCGCCUUCCAAGACGAGGACUGAAACUGUCACAGCACCACUCAGGACAACAAUACCCCCAACAAAACCGCCAAACUCAAGACCCUCCACCUCGAAAGCUUCAAAUCCAAAACCUUCUAAACUCAGUCCCACAAAGCCCACUCCAAAUAACAGCUCCAAAAAGACGAAUGCUGGAACCGACAACAAGAAGAAACCAACUCUCCCAGUCACUACCAGCACCAGACCAACCAAGACAAAGCCUGAAUCUGCCUUAUCGGACCAAGGUGUAGUCCCAAAGAAACCACAACCAGCCACAACUAAGAAAACAUCUCCCAAGCCUAAAGUUACACCAUCCAAAGCCACUCCAUCCAAACCCAAAACAAAUUCUGUCAAAGUUGCCCCUUCUAAACCAACAAUAUCCAAAGUCAACCCCUCAAAAUCAACAACACCCAAAACUACAACUACUAAAACCCCCAAGCCAGUCUCCAAACAGAUCAUCAGACCAACAAAGCACGCCAAAACCACCAAGGCCCCAGUCUCCCCUCAACCAACCAGACCUGCGUACAACCCAGUAACACCACCUGCUACUGAUGGCUUCCAGAGCUGGGAGGUGCCACCUACUCAGUUCUCCCUGCUGGCUGGACCUAUAGGACAGAAAGGAGAAGUAGGCCCAGCGGGGCUGCCAGGACCUCCAGGGAAGCCAGGCCUGCCAGGCAAGAGGGGUCCUCGGGGCGCCCCUGGUCCCCAUGGAAACCCCGGCCGACCUGGUCCACCCGGACUCAAGGGGAGAAAAGGAGACCCUGGCAUCUCACCUGGGCCAGCACCUAAAGGAGAGAAGGGAGACUCAGGGAUCAUUGGCCUGGUUGGACUGCCUGGCCAAAUAGGCCGGAAGGGACAGAAAGGUUACCCUGGUCCACCUGGACUCCCCGGAGAGCCUGGAGAACAAGGCCCAGUCGGAAGCCCAGGUGCCAAAGGUUAUCCUGGCAGGCAGGGUUUACCAGGGCCUGUAGGACCAAUGGGGCCGAAAGGCGUUCGGGGUUUCAUCGGAAUCCCGGGGCUUUUUGGCCUUCCUGGGCCUGAUGGCGAAAGAGGCAUUCCUGGCGAACCAGGGAAGAGGGGCAAGAUGGGUAGGCCGGGGUUUCCAGGGGACGUCGGGGAGAGAGGACCACCUGGACCAGAUGGAGAGCCAGGUGAGAUGGGAGCCCCCGGUCCAAACGGAGUCCUUGGACUUAUUGGUGAUAUGGGACCUGUGGGAGAGAUGGGCCUUCCAGGACCUACUGGACUGAAGGGCGUGCCCGGCAAUCCAGGAGAACCAGGACUGAAAGGUGAUAAGGGUGAAAUUGGGAUUCCUGGAGAGCAAGGGGAGACUGGUUACAAAGGAGACAAGGGCAUCCAGGGGGCUCCGGGGUUACCAGGCAUCCGUGGGAAACCAGGACCACAGGGCAAGAUAGGAGAGAGAGGCCCUGAUGGUGCACCUGGACCACCAGGCCCAGAGGGUUUCCCUGGCGACAUGGGACCACCAGGAGAGAACGGCCUUGAAGGACCAAAGGGAAAGCCGGGGGCCAGAGGUUUACCGGGGCCACGAGGGGUUCCUGGCUUGGAGGGAGACGAGGGCCCGAUUGGACCACCAGGCCCAACAGGACUGGAGGGUAGAAUGGGCAGGAAAGGAUUUCCUGGGAAGGUUGGUCCAGAGGGAGUCAAGGGAGAACCUGGUAUCGCAGGAAACGUUGGACCCAUGGGAGAAAGAGGGUUGGUGGGUUUCAUCGGACCUGUGGGAGAGGCAGGACUGGCAGGAGAGAAGGGAGAUCGAGGGGAGAUGGGCCUUCCCGGACCACCUGGAGAAAAGGGAUCGAUGGGUCACCCAGGGACACCAGGUGAGACCGGGCCUACAGGACCACCAGGAAGACCAGGCCCUCCUGGAGCGAGGGGACCAGCCGGUACCAGAGGACCCAAAGGCUUACGGGGAGCAAUAGGCCCUGACGGUCCAACAGGAGAGAUGGGGUCAGAGGGCAAGAAGGGUUCUGACGGUCCUCCAGGAAAAAUAGGUUUCCCUGGACCACAGGGGAAGAUCGGAGAGCCAGGAGAAACUGGGCCGAAAGGCUUUCCUGGUAUCCAAGGACCCUCAGGACCUCCAGGGGACAAGGGAAUAGCAGGCGAGCCGGGACCACCAGGGCCACCAGGGACUGUGGGACUGUUGGGAGAGAUUGGUCAAAAGGGUCCUCCAGGCAAGGUGGGAGAACCAGGACUUCCAGGCGAACCAGGAGAGAAGGGAACCAUUGGACCUGCUGGCAACAUUGGAGAGCAGGGACUUAUAGGGCAGCGGGGAGAGCCAGGCAUCGAGGGAGAAGCUGGUCCUGCUGGUCCCGAUGGAGCCAAGGGUGAAAAAGGCGAUAUGGGUCAGGAGGGCGACAAAGGAGAAAAAGGUGAAAUCGGGCUAAAGGGAAAGGAGGGUCCACCUGGAAAUCCUGGACUCACUGGUGUUAGAGGUCCAGAAGGGAAACCUGGCAAAAUUGGUGAAAGAGGCAAAAUAGGGUCAAAGGGUGCCAAAGGUCAACAAGGUCACCUUGGGGAGACCGGGUCAAUGGGGAAGACUGGACCACCAGGAUUUGUUGGGCAGAAAGGCUCUAGAGGAACAAUUGGACACGUGGGAGCUCCUGGUCGAAUGGGUCAACAGGGGGAACCUGGUAUUGCAGGCUAUGAGGGCCAUCAGGGACCACAGGGCCCCAUGGGGCCUCCAGGACCAAAAGGUGAAAAGGGCGAGCAGGGAGAUGACGGGAAAGUAGAGGGUCCUCCUGGUCCUCCAGGUGACAUAGGUGUUCCAGGUGACAGAGGAGAGAGAGGGGAACCAGGAGAUCCGGGUUACAAAGGUCAGGUUGGUGUGGAUGGAGAGAGAGGAAGACCUGGAGCUCCUGGACAGCCUGGACACCCUGGACCUCGUGGGCAACAAGGACCCAAAGGGGCCAAAGGAGAUCAAGGUCAGAAAGGCAAAAAGGGCCAUUCAGGACAAAAAGGAGCCAGAGGACCAGAGGGUCGGGGUGGUCCUCCUGGUCCCAGAGGUGUGGUGGGCCGAGAGGGACAGGAGGGUGUACCUGGGGUCGACGGAGUCCCAGGAAAGGAUGGCAGUAAAGGCAUGCCGGGAGAGCAUGGUGAUGAUGGGGAGGCUGGUCUUCCUGGCAAAGUUGGUGCACGUGGUAAAACUGGCGUUUUAGGACUCCCAGGAGAGCAGGGGAGCAUUGGACCAAAAGGUGAGCAGGGUCUUCGUGGUCAGAGUGGACCUGCAGGAAAAAGGGGCUUCAGAGGGGGAAUGGGACUACCAGGGUCCCAAGGCGACCAAGGACCUAAAGGACAACCUGGCGAUACAGGGGAACCAGGAUUUCCAGGAAUUCUGGGAGUUUUUGGACCAAGGGGGCCUCCAGGAGACUUUGGGCCAAAGGGCAUACGGGGACCAAAGGGGCCGCAGGGCGCAAUGGGCAGAGGAGGAGUCGUUGGCCCAGUGGGAAUCAUUGGACCCAAUGGAAGCGCCGGUCCUCGAGGAGAGAAGGGCAGUCGUGGAGAGACCGGAUUGCAAGGACCAAGGGGCUCUCCCGGACCUCGUGGACCCCCAGGACUUCCAGGUCGCCCGGGUGUCCCUCUGUCAUUUAAAGAAGAUGGGCUGUUGUUUAUGGAUUCACACACCCCACUCAGGACUGAGAACAAGCCAGUGAUGGACCUGCCGAUGCUGGACCAGGGUGCAGAGAUCUUUAAGACCCUCCACUACCUCAGUAACCUGAUCCGGAGCCUGAAGAACCCACUGGGAACUCGGGACAACCCUGCCCGCAUCUGCAGGGACCUGCACAGCUGUGAACAGAAAUUAAAGGAUGGCACUUAUUGGAUUGACCCCAAUCUGGGCUGCUCGUCAGAUACAAUAGAAGUCUCCUGCAACUUUACUGGAGGUGGACAGACUUGCCUAAAACCAAUAACACCAUCCAAGCCAACAAUCAGUGUGGGCCGUGUCCAGCUGAACUUCCUGCAUCUGCUGAGCUCAGAAGCAGUGCAGCAUGUUAUCAUCCACUGCCUGAACAUCUCGGUUUGGAGGCCAGCUGAGGAUCAGCCCGCUGCCCAGGGGUCUGUGAGAUUCAAGGCCUGGAGUGGGGAGGUUUUCGAGGUUGGAGGAGAGCUCGAGCCAGAAGUCAUAGAAGACUCCUGCUGGAUAAAAGAUGGCCGCUGGCACCAGACCCAUUUUGUGUUCCACUCCCUGGAUCCCACCCUGCUCCCUGUGGUCGACACUUACAACCUCCCCAAGGCUACUCCCGGCUCCCAUUACCACCUAGAAGUAGGUCCUGUUUGCUUCCUGUGAGGGUUGCAGUGCAAGUCCUCUGACCACAAAAGGAAAGAUCAUCACCCUUAGGUGACACCGUCGUGCAGGCAUGGAGAUUGGAGCAGUUUCCUCCAGUCCAUGGCAAAACAAUCCAAGCGAGUACAACCCUCCCUCCAAACAGAUCCUGCCUCACUCUGCCAAACUCCCAUUGGACUGCAGACACAGAGGGAGGAAGCACGGGGAGCUUGGGGGAGGGGGGGGACACAGAAGAGCUGAGGAGGAGCAGGGGAGUUCUUGCACUAAUAGCUUCUUCACGCUCUUCAAGAAGGAUCUCCACAUGUACACCCGCUUGGAGAAAAAAAGGCUGUAUGCCACACAAUCUCUCUCUGGAACAUUGCUAAGUGAAGGGAGACCAAGGCCAAGUUAAUCAGCGGACAUUAGAGUAACUUAUUUUUUUAACUGUAUACAGUCUGUAUACUGUGUGUACUGUUUUUUUUUCUUUUUUUUCCCAGAAAUUCAAUUCUGUUAGAAGAGAAGAAUUAAAGUAAUUGGGAUCAGUUAAAUGUACAUAUAUAUGUAUGCUUAUUAUUAACUUUUAUACAUGUAUAUCUUAUGUAAAGAAAUAAUCUUCAAGUGCAAUAGAAAAUGAGAGGAUAAUUUGAUAUUUUAAACUUAUAUGGAAGGAUUUUUCAGGGGUGCCAUUUCAUUUGCCUCAUCUCUCGCUCAUCUCUUUGUGAUCUUGCCCAUGUGAAUGAAUCCAGAGGCAGACUCGUUCACUUAAACUGAGCAGAAAUCAUAUCCAUAUUUACUGACUUUCAGUUGCCUCCCUAAUGUGGGAAAACCAGUGGCACCCAGUCAGCUCUCAGUAAUAACGUCUGAAGCCACACACAGUAAUGCACACAAGCCGUCCACAUGGGGAGAGAGUGCAUUAAAUACUUAUUACUCAUUGAACCGGAUGCCACUGAUGAUUAGGGAGAAUAUCCGCGGCUGUGGGGAUUAGAGGUCAGAGUGAAAAAAAAAAAGAAAGAAUAUGGAGCUCUAGUUCUCAAUAGUGUUUUAUUAAAUUCUCUACAACUGUGGAGUGUGAAAUCAGGCGUAUGAGUUAACUGCUUCCUUGCUUAUGACAAAAGAUAGAAGGGUAAUUAUUUACUCAGCACCUCAUGAGACCAGGAGUCUCUUCUUCUACCCCAAUCACAGUGAACAGACUACAGGUACGAAGGAGAACUGAGCCACAGGAGAGAGGAGAGUGGGUCUACGAAUCAGAAUAAAACUCCCAUCUUCUGUCCCAUCUUCUCUCUAAUGCAUGGUGCUAAGUAAAUUGUCUGAGGUGCUAACCAUAGUGCUGUAAUUACACCACUUUGCUAAAAUAUUCUGAUGUUUAUAGUGCAUGCUUGUUUAGAUUAAUUAAAAGGAAGUCAGUAUGAUAUAUUGCCAUCGGCUCCACAAUGCACUAUAAAGGUGAUUUCCCAUCCAAAAUUACAUAGUCAACUAUCUGCAUUUUACAGAGUUGCUUAUUCUGAUGGAAGCUAUUUUAGAGAUAAAACUAUAAAAAGUAAAAACAGAUUUCUCCUUUUAUAUCCAGUAUAAAUCACAGGGUUUGAAGUAUUUUUUAAGAAUAAAGUUUUCUUUUUCUCUGUACAAAGCCCCCCCUCCUGCCCUCACAGCUGUAUGUAAUAUUUUUUAGAAACACAUCUAGUGGAGAUAGUUUUAAUUAAAUAAAAAUUUCUUUGUUGUAGCCGGACACAAGUGUGUGUAAUUGUGCAAACCUUGCUGUAUACAGUGGAUCCCCUCUUGCUAAUUUAAUGUUAUUUAAUGUUGUUAACGUGGUUGCAGACUGAGCAAAUUUCUGUUGGUUGAAGCAAUACUACUCUUUAUGACAACUUUAUAUAUCAGUUUGCCCAACUGGUCUUGGAGUUUAUAGAUUUUUUUAUGUGUAAAUUUGGGGCUCCAGAGAACAAAUUUAUUGCAAUGUUAAUUAUCUUUUAUUUUUUUAAUUUUUGUUAUUUUGCUUUAUGUUGAUUUUCCUCUAUGAUAACCAACCAUGUACUGUACCAGGACUCUGUGCUAUGCUAUAACUUGUGUUUUAAAGAAUAAUGCAAAUAUGUGAAAAUUGUUUCUUUCUUUUUGUAAAUCUGUUGUAGACAUUAAAACGAGCUAAGAAUACCUCACAUUUGUACACAUGGAGCAAAGAUUAUCUAUUGCCUUUAUAAUUAAAUCCUGUUUGGAAAUAUCAGCCAAAUACAGUAAGCCGUCAAACUCUGAACAUGACCAUUUCUGGUGCCAACAUACUUUAUCUGUCUACUGUUUAUUCAUUGUUCAGUGUCCAUUUGUUCAAUAAAUACUUUCAAUCUG